UAUAAUUUCAGUGAACAAUGGAGCCCCCUAGCAACGAAGCCAGAGGGCAGCCCAGCAUCAAGGCAGAGACGGAGGCCGCCAUUCUUUCCACAGCCCAGCCAGCCCAGAAAAGCUACCAGUGCCUGGAAUGUGGCAAGAGCUUCCGCCGAGGCCCGAGCCUCUUGACUCACCAGAGAAUCCACACGGGCGAGAGGCCCUUCCAGUGCCUGAACUGCGGGAAGCGCUUCACUCAGCAGUCGAGCCUCACCAUUCACCUGAGAAUCCACACAGGGGAGACCCCUUACCACUGCCCUCAGUGCGGGAGGUGCUUCCGCCAGAGUUCGAACCUCCUCAAACACCAGCAGCUCCACGCCGGGCUGAGGCCCCACCUGUGCUCGGAGUGCGGGAAAUGCUUUGCCCAGCGCUCCAACCUCCUCAUUCACCAGAGAAUCCACACCGGCGAGAUGCCUUUCCUGUGCUCCGAGUGCGGCCAAACCUUCAGGCAGCACCGCAGCCUGCUCAUCCACCAGCGGAGCCACCAGGCCGGCGGCGCGGCCUGGGGCUACGAGUGCCCCGAGUGCGGGAAGAGCUUUGCGCAGAGCUCCGACCUGGUGAAGCACCUGCGAGUCCACACCGGGGAGAUGCCCUACAGCUGCCUCCACUGCGGGAAGAACUUCCGGUACGUCUCGAACCUCAACAGGCACCGAAGGACGCACACCGGGGAAAAGCCUCACGCCUGCCGUCAGUGUGGCGAGUGCUUCAGCCACCUGUCCAGCCGCAACACGCACGAGAGGACCCACACCGGUGAGAGGCCGUACGGCUGCGCCGAGUGCAGCAAGAAGUUCAUUUCCAGCUCCAAGCUGGCCCGGCACCGGAGGAUCCAUUCCAAGAAGCCGCCUUUCCUCUGCAACGAGUGCAACAAAGGCUUCUUCCACCGUCCCGCCCUCAAGAGACAUCUGCACCUCCACAAACCAGGUGGUCCGAAAGGAAAGGGGAGUAACGGAACAAGGAGACUUUGCUAGGCCGAGCUAAAUGCCCCCAACCCAGAGUCUCUGAAGAAUUGUCAGAGAGAGUCUUUGUGGAGACCCUGAAGCUGUUCUGGAUUCUGCAGGUCUUCAGAGUCCCACUUGCA